CUCGAAAAAAGAGAAAAUGACGAAAAACGCAUCUGACCGAACAGACCACAUCAUAGAAUACUUGCAUGCUGCGUAUAUAUGUGACCAAUCUGUCACUCGUUAAUUAAUGCAAUACUGUGAUAGUUAGGAUAAAUUAAUAUAAAACGAAAUGGUUUCAGACUCCGAGGCCGCUUCGUUGUGCCUUGAAAAUUCUAAAAUCGAACCCGUUGCAACCGAAACAAAAAAACAUGAAUUUCCUGAUGAAUCAACGGAUCCAGGAGGAUGGACCCCGCUACUCGUACUUUGUGGUGCAACUGGAUGUCUUGGAUCUGCAUUGCCCGCAGGAUUUAACAUAGGAGUUAUUAAUAAUCCGGCCAAUAUUAUCAAAGCAUUUUGUAACGACAGUAUAGAAGAACGUUAUGAUGCAACUGUGACAACAAAACAGAUGGAGACAAUAUGGUCAGCUGUUGUAUCUAUUUUUCUUAUUGGUGGAGUUUCUGGGUCCCUCAUGGCAGGCUUUCUUGCUGAUAAAUUUGGCAGACGAGGAGCUCUUGCAGUGGGACAUACAUGUGGGAUUAUCGGAGCCAUUAUGUUUUUUGUUGUGCCAGCUUUGAAUUCAAUCGAGCUACUUAUGUUAGGACGUCUCAUGGUCGGUCUUUCCGGCGGCCUUGCAACGAGUUUACUGCCAAUGUACAUGACCGAAAUUGCACCGUUGAAGCAGCGAGGGGCGGUAGGUGUUCUCUGUCAACUUGGAAUAACUUGUGGGGUUUUUUUCGGCCAAGUAGCAAGUCUUGACACUGUAUUGGGAAAACCAGAUACUUGGCAUAUCAUGUUGGCAUCGUUCGCUCCUCUGUGUGCUAUCGCUCUCGUCCUUUUACUAUUUUUGCCUGAAAGUCCGAAGUAUCUUUACAUCAUAAGAGGACAGGAAACGAAAGCUCUUGAAGAGCUCACUCGACUACGGAAUCAAGACAUAUCAGUUCUUGGGAAAGAAGUACGUUCGCUCCAAGAAGAAUCAGCGAUGCGUUCGACAAUGGAAAAUUGGACAAUUGGUCGUCUUCUCAAAGAUCCGACACUGAGAUUAUCAGUACUGCUCAUAUGUUGUUUACAAUUUGGCCAACAGCUCAGUGGCAUCAAUGCCGUAUUUUAUUACUCGAACGACAUAUUUCUCAAAGCUGGCUUGAGCACAGUCGGCGCGCAAUAUGCGACCCUAGGAACCGGCCUCAUUAACAUCGGGAUGGCCGUUAUUUCCGUUAGGAUUAUGUCGCUUUUUGGUCGGAGAACGCUUUUCCUUACCAGCUGUUACACAAGCAUGGGGUGUCUUGUUUUCCUCACAAUCGCUAUCAAUCUAAUUCACACAGCUUCUUUCAUGCCUUGGUUGUGCGUGAUUGCCGUACUCGCUUAUGUAAUGUUUUAUGGAAUUGGACUUGGUCCGAUACCGUAUUUCAUCGGGUCGGAGUUGUGCGACGUUGGUCCGAGACCAGCUGCUAUGGCACUAGGCAGCGUUUUUAAUUGGGGCGGAAAUUUCAUCGUCGGUAUGAUGUUCUCGUCCAUUCAAGGUGUUCUCGGUGCCUACACCUUUCUCAUAUUCGUAACGUGUAUAUUACUCAUGACAUUUUUCGUAAGAGUAUAUUUGCCGGAAACGCGAGGACGAACAACUCUGGAAGUUGUGUCAACGAUGAGCCAAGGAUUCAAGUCCCGACCAAACAAUGUGUUCAACGCCUGAACUUUCAAUGAAAACGGAUAAACGUGAUUGAUGCGGAAAUAAAAAAAAGGUUGACAGCACCAAGCACUAUUUAUAAGCGCCUUCGAGGAAAAAACGUGAUACAGAGUUUUUAUACAAUAUUUUUUUUCGUACAAUCCAGCGCACGAAUUCCAAGUGCCUUCGAACAAUAGGAAAAUCGAUAAUAACGAAAAAAAUGAGUAUAUUUUAAAUCGUUUUCCGUGUACGAUUUGAGGGAAAAUCGAAGGGAAACUGCGCUUCCUGACAACUUCAGUCCUGAAGUCGAACAUGUUUCGCGUACUUAUAAAUUAUAUACACAAUACAGGUGCUAAUGGCAAGGAGAGGAGGAAUCAUUAAUAAAUGUACAAAGAGAAA